ACGAGGCGGCGUGGGGAGGGGGAGAGGCGUGGCUAAGCGGGGAGCGCUUGCAGGAGCCCGGUCCUCCCGGGUGGGGCUUUAUCAUCAUCAUCAUCAUCAUCAUCAUCAUUUGCAGGCGGCCAGCCUGCCCCCCUCCCUCCCUCCGAGAUGGAUGCUGCUUGCAAGCAGCCGAUGCCGAGGCUCCUUUUGCUCCUGCUGGCCGCCCUGAGCGCCGGCGCCCGGGAAGUCCACCUCCCUCCGGGGCCCUUGUACCGUGUGGAAGGAACAUCCAUCUCCAUCCCCUGCAACGUCUCCGAGUACGAGGGCCCCACCCUGCAGCACUUUGAGUGGUUCCUGUACCGCCCCUCGGCCCCCGACAUCUCCAUCGGGGUGGUCAGCACCAAAGACCCCAAGUUCCCUUAUGCCAUCUUCGCACCCCGGGUGCAAGCGGGCAACGUCUCCAUCCAGCGGCUGCAGGGGGACGCCGUGGCGCUGCGGAUCAAGGGGGUGCGCUCAGAAGAUGCGGGGGUCUACGAAUGCUAUACCCCCACCACCGAUUCCAAGUACCACGGGACGUACAGCAGCAAGGUGGAGCUGAGAGUCAUCCCCGACAAGCUCUCUGUGUUGCCGGCUGCUCCUUCCGCCCCAAAGCCCCCUUUCCGCAGCCGGGGGGCUUUUCCUGCCUCUCCGCUGCAGGUGACGCUUUGGGAAAGCCAAGACCUCCAGCUGACGUGUGCAGUGACCAGCCAGACCCCACAGCACGUCCACCUCUCCGUCUCCUUCGGCCUGUCCGCCCCCGACGCCUCCAGGGACCUCCGGGCUCUGCAGGAGGUGAUUGCCGUGCGCCGAGACUUUGCCGUGGAGGCUGGCGAGAGAUUUGCUGAGCGCCACCGAGCGCAAGAGCUGUCGCUGGCCAAGACAGGCGACCGGCGGUAUGAGAUGGUCCUGGGUUGGCUGAGGCCCGAAGACGCGGGGAUCUACCACUGCGUCGCCGGGGAGUGGAUCCAGGAUCCCGACGGGAGCUGGCAGCAGAUUGCGGAGAAGCGUGUGGUGCUGGCUCAAGUUACCGUCCGCACCAUAGCCAGCCAGUUGGCUGCCUCCGCCAGCCCCGCCAAAGUCCGUGUUGGCUCUGGAGAACCCCUGGAACUCCUCUGCAAUGCCUCUGGCCUCCAGGCCGCCCCUUUGCCCCACACCGUCUACUCCCUUGGCUGGGAAGUGAGCCAGGGCAGUGAUGGAGAAGGGCGCCUGGUGGCCCGUUUGGACCCAGACGGGGCGCUCAUCCUGGGCGACAGCUAUGCCAACCGUGACGUCGGCCGGCGGCAUGUCUCCCUGCAGAAACUGGCAUCUCCUCUGGGCUCCUACCAGCUGCGGAUUGAGUCGGCACAGCCCAGCGAUGUGGGCUCCUACCGGUGCGUGGUGUGGGCCUUUGUGCGCUCCCCCGGCGCCAAGCUGCGCGAAGUGGCCAGUGUCCGGUCCGAGGCCCUGACGGUGGACAUGAAAUCCGAAGCGGUGGUGCUUGAGGCCACGGCGUGGCUGCCGUCCGCCACUAUCUACCGCGGGGAAACGGCCGAGGUGCGCUGCAACGUCUCAGUGGAAGCCACGCAGGAGAUCGCCCUGGCCCUCAGCUGGUGGGUGGAGCUGCCUGACGAGGGCCCCACAUCUCACGGCAUCCUGCUGGCCUCCGUCAGCCGCGAGGGGGUGGCCGACCUGGCCAGCCGGCCCUCAGGGGGCGCCAUCAGCGUGGACAAGGCCGGCCCCACCAGCCACCGCCUGCGCCUCCACAGCGUGCAGCCGUCGGACGAGGGCAAGUACCACUGCGCCGUCACCGCCUGGGUGCGCUACCCAGACCUCAGCUGGUACAAGGCUGGAUCUGCCAAGUCCAACAUGGUCACUGUCUAUCCGUACACGUUGGCCAUCGACACCUUGUUCAUCCCUCUCCUGGCGGGCGUCUCCAGUGCCCUUUUCAUGGGAGUCACCGUCCUCGUCACUGUCACCUGCUGCUUCAUGAAGAGGCUCCGGAAGAGGUGAAGGCCGACCGAGAAGAUGGAGGUGAUGCACGUUUGCCAGGAGCUUCCUCUGUCUCCGACCCUCCGGCUGCCCUCUUUUUCUUGUCGUUGUCGUGCUGGUGAUCCAGUUUCUCUGCAGGCUCUGCGAAGGAAGCCUCUGCUCCUCCUCUUGACUCUGGACUGGGCUGCUCUCUGUCGCCCCAAACUCUUCCUGAGCAGGAAGUAUUCCAGGACUCUUGGGAAGGACAUUUCCCCAUCCUGCCCAUGACCCAAAUGUUCUUUCUUGGCCCCUCCGUUUUCUCCAGCAAAGAUUGGUGCUGUGCUUGAGUUAGGGGGAGGAGAGGGAGAAAGGGGGUGACCCUCCUGCCAUAUGAUGGGGGUCUUUCCUGAAGAAGCCUCAUCUGUCUCCUGCCACCAACGCAGACCCUGCCUUCUCUUGUUUUCUCUCUGCCUGUGACUGUUCUUCCUUCCUUCCUUCCUUCCUUCCUUCCUUCCUUCCUUCCUUCCUUCCUUCCUUCCUUCCUUCCUUCCUUCCUUCCUUCCUUCCUCCCUUUUUUUGAUGAGCUGCAUGUUUAUGACAAGACGGUACAAUGCUUACCUUAGGGGGCUCUUUGCAGCCGGUUGGGGGCCAGAGAGCGGAUAGAAAGGUCCCUGUUGCUUUCUUCAUUGGAGAAAAGGAAGCCCUCUGAAGAAGACCCUCUUGUCCCAUCGGCUGCAGCAUCAGAAACCUCUUGGAUGGCGGCUGUCCAAAUAUCAUCCUUGGGACAUCUCCCAAAACAGCCAGUCACUGCCAGCGCCCCCCAGCAACAUUGUGCUCUCAUCACGUAGGCAGGAACCCAAGCUCUGUGUGUAGGUUGGGUGCAUGUGUGUGUUGUUGAUCUGCAAAGAAGCUCAGGAAAAAGAAUCGCCGAAUGCACAACCCUGCAAAACAAAACAGGGAGCCAGCGAGGCUGCCGUCAGCCAUCUUCCUCUGUUUUUGUUUUCUUUAAAAAAUAAUGGGAUGGAGAAUCUCAGGAUGGUGGAGAAAGGAUCUUACUUGUGCCAAAUGAAUUAGUUUAGGGGACCACUAAGACUCUGGCCUGCAAUAUCUGGCGGUUGCCGAAACUCCCUCGGAAGGUGGAGGUCUCCUUCCCUGGAGGUUUCUCGGCAGCAGUUGGAGGGCCACCUGUUGGGGAUCCUUGUGCUGCAAGUCCUGACCCUCUGGGAAUCCCUUCCAACUCUACAAUUCCAUGAAACAACUGAGCCACGUGACUCUCAUCCCAGAGGCAACUGCGAGACUGAUUUCUCCCCAACGCAAGAGUGAUGAGCAGAGAGAGAGAAACACAAGAGGCAGAAUGGAGCAUUAUUUUACGACAGCCAUCAUUGUCUAUUUUUGUAAUUUUUAAAUGUUUCAGAAGAAGAAGAGCCCUGCCCUCUGGGUCCUACCUACCCGCUUCCUGGUUGAUGGGAUGUGUCUCCCCAAAUCUGCAGUUGAAAGCCUGGCACAGCGCCCCUUUGCCCAGGGUGGUUCUCUGGAAAAGGUUGGAUCAGGCGGACAGCACUCAUCUCGCUUGCGAAAAACCAUUUUAGCCAAAGGUGCUUGUCUUGUGUCUGUGGGGAGGGGGUGAGUCUGCCUGGGGGUUCCCCCACUAAGCCUCACAGUUGCCUGUUCCUGUGAGAAGUAUCCCAUUUUAUCUGCCCCACAAUGACAUCAUGGCAGUGUUAUGGGAAAAAAUCUGGGGUGGGAGACUACUCAACAGCCCAGCUUAUCGGGGUGCAAGUCCCCCGUGGGUCCAUGCGGUCAGUAAAAAAAGGAAGUUCCAGCCAAGUAAUUUGGAGCAAAACAGCGGUCAGUAGACCAGGAUCUUUACUGAUGCGCAACAGGUCCCCCCAGGAGUAAGAACCCCGAGAAUGGGGUGACCUCCUCUUUUAAACCUUCCCUCUUUCCCCCAGAAUACACUUCGAGGGGCAUCACUGAUACAUCAUCACUACAUCACUGGCAUGUCACAAAUGGGGAGGGGUCUACAAGGGUUACACAAGCUCAGCAUUAGGUCAGCUUAUCAGACACCUUUCCCAACACCAUCACCGAAAGAACAAUAAAACUCUUGCCAUCUCCUUGCCCUCAGGACUUGUCUGGAGAUGGGCUUUAAGAACGCCUGACUUGCUAAACGGCCUCUGCAAAUGUCUAUUGUUGCCCCCCUGGUCACUCCCUGGGUGGGGUGCCAUCUAGGUGCUCUCAUAUUUGGGGGAUUAUGGCGGGAUGCCCUGUUCCUGCUGCCUACAUGACUUUCUGCUUCUUGGUUCAUGGAGGGAGGUGGAUCCCAAAUUCACCUUUCUGGAAGGGUUAAAAUGGUGAUGGAAUGAGGAGAGUCAGUUAAAGUAUGGAUUUUCUAUGAAUUUAUAAAGCUAGGUAUCUUCCCUGAGCUGCCACGUCGAAACAGCAGGCAAUCGCGAUGCCCCCGAAACAACCACGUUUCAGAGCAGAUGGUCAAUCUGCUAGAGGACCUCUGGGUUCCUUGCAAGCUCCUGGUGGCUUUCCCAGAGCAAAGCAACAAAAGGCUAAGUUUAUACAUCUGAACUGUGGGGGAAGGAGGAGGAGAAUCUGGGGUGGCUGGGAAUGCAGAAGGGCCAUGAGCUACGUCCAGUUCUGGUACUCUGAAUAAAUCCCUCGGCUCUGAAUUCUUUAAGGCUUAAGUGUGUUUCUUCUGCACCUGGUGUAGUGGUUAGAACGCUUGACUAGGGCUUGGGGGAGACCAGUCACUCACCCUGCGCCUGAGCUUCCUUACAGGGUGGUGGUGUGGAUACCGGUAAGACUGGCAGCAGCAAAGGGUCUACGGCACCUUGAUCUCCUUGGAAAAAGCAGGCAGGAUAUAAAGCUGAGAUUCCUGCAUUGGAGGGGGUUGGCCUGGAUGACCUUUGGGGUGUCCUUCCAACUUCAUGAUUCUAUGAUAAAGGCAAUCAAUCAGUCAUGGUGGGAUAUAGGUGCCAUCCACCCAUCCAUCGCAAAAGGCAAGAUAUGAAUGCAAUCAGUCAGUUGAAAAUGGGGGGAUUAAAAUGCAAUCCAUGCAAUCCAGCAGGCACAGCCAGUAAACAAAGUAGAUCCCGCAGGCCUGAAGCCUCGCCCCUCCUGGUUCCAGAGCAGCUGUCCUGGGCGAUCUGGCUUUCGACAGUCUUUCAGGAAGCGACAGGAUCCUGGCGUGCCACUCAGCCAGCGGGAGAAUCUACCCAGAAACCGCCGUUUUAUUUUCUGUCCGCUCAGGUUUAUUUUUAGAUCUGUUCCCAUGCCGAGCUCAGCAGGGCCACGGGGUGGGCAGUGAGCUCACGUGGGUUUUGACAGGCCUCCGCAGCGGCUGCUUGGGCUUCCUUGCCG